AUGGUAUAUCCGGGAAGACUGAGCCGUGGCUGUUCCCGCUGCAAGCAGCGCAAACUAAAGUGUGAUGAAACUAAGCCCAGCUGCACGCGCUGCCAGAAGUACGGGAAGCCAUGUCCGGGGUAUGAAAAGAACCUUGUGAUUCGACAGCAAGGCACAAAAUUCCAAGGCCAGGACCCGUCGUCGGGCGCCGUCGCAGUGCUUGCAAAACCCGGCAGGUCUCAUCGAGGGUCCUCCUCUUCCUCAGGGUCCUCCUCAGGGUCCGGCUCUUAUUCCCAGCCCAUAGUAGACCCGAAUGAUUUCAUAUCUACGUCGCUUGAUGUCAUUCCGUCAUGGGACUCCGAGGCCUUGGGGUAUUUCAUGCACCAGUAUGUACUCCCUGAGGCAAAUGACUGUUCGGGGUACCUACAUUUCCUGCCUAAAACCUAUCUUGAAUCGCCUGAAUCCUCCUGCAUUCGGGUAGCAGUGAAGGCAUCAGCCUACCUAUCCCUGUAUCGCUAUUCCAAGACGAAGGAGCAUGAGAUCCAGGCUCAUGUCUGGCACCAUCACGCAAUACGAGGUCUCCUAGAGCGGCUCAGGUCAGGCCACGAGGCGACGAGUGAGGAGACCGUUGUAACCAUGAUUCUUCUCAGUAUUUUCGAUGACAUCGAUGGCCGCGGGGGACACCAGAAAAUCAACCCACAUCUCAACGGGCUAAUACACAUCCUCCAACGAAGCAACCGGUCCCUCAUCAACGCCCCGUUCUUCAGCUGGGUGAGACAGCAGCUGAUAAUCAAGUCGUUCACCGCAGAUUACCACAUAGUUGAUCCCAGCUGGGUCACGCCGUCAGCCAACCCCAACCCACAUUUAGACAACUUCAGAGUGGUUGCCGUGAGAGUCAACCAGUUCAUGACCUCGGGGCGGCAGUUAUUGGGGAAACUCAAGCAGGUCAAUGACCCUGCUAACAAGGAGCCGGUCAUGUCGCCUGCUGAACUAAAGGCCCAGCUGCUCGCAGUAAUACAGGAGGCCAAGUCCAUCCAGCAUGAAAUUGACGAAUGGAUCUCCACGAUCCCCCGAUCUGAUAAGUGGGGAACCAUGUGCAAAGACGGAAAGCCCAGCGUUUACGUCUUCUCAUCAAGAUACCUCGGCUGUUACUGGAUCAAUGUGUUCACGACAGUAAUCAUCCUCCAGGGCAGUGUCAUCGCCUGCUACGACAUACUCCUCACCAUGACCCGCUCCUCCGUCGACCUAAAUUUGAUCAUGGCCAAGUCAAAAUGCGGGAGCGAGGCGAAGAUGAUGUUAUCACACAUUCACAGGAGCGUCCCAUUUUCCAUGGGAAACAUAGACCAGGAGGGGACCAAGAUCUUUCGGCCUGAGAGCAGAUCGGCAUACGGCUGUCUGUUGGUUUGGCCGCUGGGCGUGCUAGCAAGGUGCAGGCUCUCUGACGACGUUGAAGUCAGGGAUGCCAGGGCCGCACUUGAAGUAAUAUCAUCUACUAUGGGAGUUGACUUGGCUCACUGGGUGCUCAACGAGUGGAGAUCUCCCCUCUAUCCAUUUAUUCAGUAG